GGUAAACGUCACACUAAGUCCCACACUCUUUGUAGAAGGUGUGGGAAGAGGUCUUUCCACAAACAGCACCAUGAAUGCGCCCAAUGCGGAUACCCAAGCGCCAAGUUGAGGAGCUACAACUGGGGUCUCAAAGCCAAGAGGAGAAAGACGACCGGUACCGGCCGCAUGAAGCACCUCAAGAGCGUCAACCGUCGGUUCAAGAACGGUUUCCGUGAGGGUGGAGCCGCGAUCAAGAAGGUCAAGGCCGAGGCUUAG